GACCUUACCAUCCAAGUGACGUCCUAUAUGAUGAAUUUCGUUUCGCAAUAAUCUCAAGGCAAAAAGACCAUUUCAGCCAAAUUCAGAGGAUUACUCUCGAGGCGAUUGUCGUGCUCCCAGUCUACUGUGUUGACAAGGGGGAGAGAUGUGCAUGCACGGAGGACGAGGAGCCUGGAAUUAAUCACAGGAGAGAAAACAUGCCGAAGUUGAGACGUUAAAGAAGAGCUAGUUUUGGGGCCUGUGCAGACUUCCCGCAGCAGCAGUUGGAUGUGCACGUCGAACUGGCCACGAUGACAAUGAAAGGCCUGUCCAGCAGCCGUAGUCAACACCACACGGUGACCUGCGACCCCUCUUAUGACUCCAUGACCCUGGGGCACUCAGAUCGUCGGUCCUACUUCCUCAACCCCGGAGAGGCUCAUCCUGCUGACCACCCCUGUUACACCCAGCGUAGCUCCUUUCAGUCUGAGUGCGGUGGCUACCCUGAUCUGGCCAGCUGCACCUUCCCUCGCAGACAUUACAGUUCCCACCAUGAGCUAAAGGAGGAGUGUGGUGCUCUGGUGCCUUACACAGGGCCAACAGGGAGCAGUAAAGGAAGUGGAGGAGGUGGUGGAAACAACAACCGCAUCCCUUCAAACCUGCUAGAGCAGUUUGAGUGCCAGGCACCAGUACGGCGUGAGGGCUACCACACACUGCAGUACAAACGCACUGCAGUAGAGCACCAACGCAGUGACAGCCCCGGACGAAUCCGUCACCUUGUUCACUCUGUUCAGAAGCUUUUCACCAAGUCCCACUCCCUGGAGGGGCCCUCGGGGUCUGGUGGAGGAGGAGGGAGUGGGAGGAUGAAUGGCAGCAAAUCCAGUCCUGAUGACCCACCCUCUACUUCCGGCACCCUGAAGCACAGCAAGCGCAGUAAGAGCAAAGACCGCUCCAAGUCAGAGCCUAAGAUGCGUACUGCCAUCUCAGGCUACUGGAGCUCAGAUGACACGCUUGAUCGGGAGGUAUGCCUCUACCACCAUCACCAUGGGGGCAACAGUGGAGGCCCACCGUCUGGGGUCAUGACCAUGGGGCGCCGACCGGACAAAUCCCAGUCACAGUAUUUCUUGGAGUCCUACAACACCAUCAGCGCCCACUCUCUCAAGACAUCACGCAGCAACAACGAUGUGAAGUGCUCGACAUGCUCCGGGGGCAGCAGUGGAGGGCUGCCGCUUGUGGGCGGGCUGGAUGGCCAACUGCAGCUGAAGAAGAGCUCAUGGUCUUCUACUCUGACGGUGAGCAGAGCAAGAGAGGUCUACCAGAAGGCCUCAGUCAACCUAGAUAAAGCUAUAGUGAAAGCCGAGCAGGGACGCACCUGCCACUUCCUACAGGUGCCUCAGGAUGACUGGAGCGGUUUCUCUCCGCUUGGGAAGGAUGACGAGAUCCCGUGUCGGCGGAUGCGAAGCGGCAGCUACAUUAAGGCCAUGGCAGAAGAAGACAGCGGCGACUCGGACUGCAGCCCCAAACCCUCACCCAAAGUCCAGGCACGGCGGGCAAGCUACCUGAAGGCUACACAGCCGUCCCUCACCGAGAUGACCACGCUUAAGAUUUCCACAGAGCACUCGCCCAAGCUGCAGAUCCGGAGUCACAGCUAUCUGCGGGCGGUGAGUGAGGUUUCCAUCAAUAGGAGUUUGGACAGCUUGGACCCGGCAGGGCUGCUGGCCUCACCUAAAUUCCGCUCGCGAAACGAGAGUUACAUGAGAGCCAUGAGCACCAUAAGCCAGGUGAGUGAGGUGGAGGUGAACGGGCAGAUCGAGGCAGUGUGUGAGUCAGUGUUCAGUGAGAUGGAGUCGCAGUCGGUGGAUGCCCUGGACCUGCCCAUGCCCGGCUGCUUCCGCAUGCGGAGCCACAGCUAUGUGCGUGCCAUAGAGAAAGGCUGCUCGCAGGAGGAGGAGGAGGGACGCGCUGUGGUGUGCAACAGGAGGACCAAUUCACCCCCGCGCACCACCACCACCGUCAGAACCAUCCAGAGCAGCACAGUGUCAUCAUGCAUCACCACUUACAAGAAAACGCCACCACCAGUCCCACCACGGACCACUCCAUCCAAACCCUUCAUAUCCAUCACGGCACAGAGCAGCACUGAGUCUGCCCAGGAUGCUUACAUGGAUGGGGGCUCUGGCCAAAGGACGGGCAUCAGCUCCCAGCCAGGCCUGUCCAACUCCACGGAGAGCAUCGACAGCAUGAAAGCCCUGACAGCAGCCAUAGAGGCAGCUAAUGCUCAGGUACACGGUCCUGCCAGUCAGCACGUCACCAACAGCACCAUCACCAUCACUGCCACUGCCACCACCUCCGCCGUUGCGCACGUCUCCGCCGACAGCAAAGCGCAGAGGGAAGCGCUCCGCAAGUGCCUCUCCAUAGGGAUCCAGGUGGACCCAGAGGAAGGAGGGCCGACAGAGGAGCAGUCCAAAUUCCAGUCGAUAGGAAUUCAGGUGGAGGAUGAGCGAUGUUACCGCAGAAUGACCCGUUC